AUGUUUUCUCUACAGCCUUUAGAUGUGCUUACUUUAUUCUUCCCUUUUGAGUUAGGUUUUGGGUCUUUAUCGGGUUUAGGGUCGGGUUCGGGGAAAUUUUUAGCCCCAACGGGGUGCCCCGAUAAGAAACCUGUUGGGUAUCGAGUCGGGGUCGGGGACAAAUUUAGAUACCGGGUUCGGGGAUGGGAUACGUUGCCCCACCCUGAACCCACCCCGUUGCCAUUCCUAGUUUUAUCCUCGGCACUUCAACAAUGUGAGUUAAUUGUGACGCCCGACUCGAAUCUUAUACUUGUCGCCAGUACAAUCCCUGGUGAUAGCUUCUUGUACUCCAGAGUCGACCGAUCCUCACACCUCCGGCUCCUCCUUCCUAGCCGCACCUCUGUCCACCGGUUUCCCCAACCGCCGCCGUCUUCCACAGUUGAAAGAAUAUAUAUAUGCAUGCAGCAGUCAUUUGGUGGUAUAAUAAGGAGACAACAACACUUGAUCAGGUGUUUAUUAGGCGAUUACUGCAAUAAAGACACCUUUUUUUUGGUAAAUAAGGGCACAAGAAUGCAAUCUGUGAUGAUUGGUGGACCCCAUUUAGAAGUUGAUGCUCUCAGUAUUUUGAGGUCAAUUUCUCCUCCCCUUGAUCCAACUAAGCAUAAAGGCCAAGCUGGCAAAAUAGCUGUUAUAGGUGGUUGUCGUGAGUACACUGGUGCCCCAUAUUUUGCUGCUAUUUCAGCUCUCAAAAUUGGUGCAGAUUUAUCACAUGUGUUUUGUACUAAAGAUGCUGCUCCAGUAAUAAAAGGGUAUAGUCCUGAGUUAAUUGUACAUCCUUUGCUAGAGGAAUCUUACAAUAUAUGGGAGGAGGAAAAAACAUCAAUCUCAAAAAAAGUUCUUGAUGAAGUUGACAAGUGGAUGGAAAGGUUUGACUGCCUUGUGAUUGGUCCAGGGCUUGGAAGAGAUCCAUUUCUUCUGGAUUGUGUAAGUGAUAUCAUGAGGCAUGCUAGGCGAAGCAAUGUUCCCAUGGUCAUUGAUGGGGAUGGGCUAUUUCUUGUGACAAACUGUGUUGACUUAGUCAAAGGGUAUCCUUUAGCUGUUUUGACUCCAAAUGUAAACGAGUAUAAACGUCUUGUUAACAAAGUUUUGAACUGUGAAGUAAAUGAUCAAGGUGGGCCCCAACAGUUACUCUCUCUUGCCAAAAGUAUCGGUGGUGUGACUAUUCUUCGUAAAGGACAAUCUGAUUACAUUAGUGAUGGUGAAGCAGUCAGAUCAGUAAGCAUAUAUGGCUCCCCUCGACGCUGUGGUGGACAAGGUGAUAUACUCUCUGGAAGUGUUGCAGUGUAUGUAGCGUGGGCCCGGGAGCUUGUGAGUAAAGGGAAAUUCGAUGCAAACCCAACAAUGUUGGGUUGUAUUGCGGGGUCCACUUUAAUGAGAAAGGCUGCAUCAGUUGCUUUUGAAGAUAAAAAGAGAUCAACUCUCACAACUGAUAUAAUUGAAUGCUUAGGAAGAAGUUUGGAGGCUAUAUGUCCAGUUGGUUAAAGCAUGUUACAUCAAUCUCAUGUUUGACUUUUGUCUACUUUGGGGUUUGACUUUAUUUGGGUUUGGAAGAUGAGGUUUGUUUUAAGGUUGGAGUAAAUGGAUAAAAGAAUAAAGUGUGUUUGGGUUUUUGUUGUCUUGUAGAUGUGUCGAUAAUAGUUAGAUCUUGCUGUUGUAUUUUUGUUUUUUAGUUGAUCAUGCUAUGGCAAAAAAAUCUUGUCGACAAAAAUCAUAUUUGAUGAAUGGAAUCAAUGUAUAAAACCAUACAUGAGCAAAAUGUUUUAGCGUGAAAAUGUUGUCAUUGAACUAUUGAAAUUGUUCACAUUUUACCCGUAUGACCGGCUGUUACCGGUCAUAAGGGUAAAAUAUGAACAGUUUCAAUAGUUUAGUGGCAAAUAAAUAACGAAAAAAAGUUUAGUGACCAAAUGU